GCGGCGGCGGCGGCGGCGGAGGCGGCGACGGCGGCUGGAGCCCGGAUGCGGCUCCGUGAGGCGCAGGCCCGGGAGAGCGGCGCGGAUGGAUCCAACAUGGCGGCGCCGAGGCUGAGCCGAGAGAAGAGCCCUGGGAAAUUAAGUUUCUUGCAAAGAUCACUGGAGACUGCAGCUGCUAAGCAGAGAUUCUGGAAAGCAUUCUAUUUCUGAGCCUCUAGCAUGGCGGGCCUAAAGAGGCGGGCAAGCCAGGUGUGGCCCGAAGAGCGUGGGGAGCAGGAACAUGGGCUGUAUAGCCUCCACCGCAUGUUCGACAUCGUGGGCACCCACCUAACACACAGAGAUGUCCGCGUGCUUUCCUUCCUUUUUGUUGAUGUUAUUGAUGACCAUGAACGUGGACUCAUCCGAAAUGGACGUGACUUCUUAUUGGCACUGGAGCGCCAGGGCCGCUGUGACGAGAGUAACUUUCGCCAGGUGCUGCAGCUGCUGCGCAUCAUCACUCGCCAUGACUUGCUGCCCUAUGUUACUCUCAAGAAGAGACGAGCUGUGUGCCCUGAUCUUGUAGACAAGUAUCUGGAGGAAACAUCAAUUCGCUAUGUGACCCCCAGAGCCCUCAGUGACCCAGAACCGAGGCCUCCCCAGCCCUCUAAAACAGUGCCUCCCCACUAUCCUGUGGUGUGCUGCCCCACUUCGGGUUCUCAAAUGUGUAGUAAGCGGCCAGCCCGAGGGAGAACCACACUUGGGAGCCAGCGAAAACGCCGGAAGUCGGUGACACCAGACCCGAAGGAAAAGCAGACAUGUGACAUCAGGCUCCGAGUUCGGGCGGAAUACUGCCAGCACGAGACUGCUCUGCAAGGCAAUGUCUUCUCCAAUAAGCAGGACCCACUUGAGCGCCAGUUUGAGCGCUUUAACCAGGCCAACACUAUCCUCAAGUCCCGGGACCUGGGCUCCAUCAUCUGUGACAUCAAGUUCUCUGAGCUCACCUACCUCGAUGCAUUCUGGCGAGACUACAUUAAUGGCUCAUUAUUAGAGGCACUGAAAGGUGUCUUCAUCACAGACUCUCUCAAGCAAGCUGUGGGCCAUGAAGCCAUCAAGCUGCUGGUGAACGUUGAUGAGGAGGACUAUGAGCUGGGCCGACAGAAACUCCUGAGGAACUUGAUGCUGCAAGCAUUACCCUGACCUUUCCCCUUCUCACCUUUCUGGGGACUGUUCGCUCCGACACCUCUGGAGCUGAAUACUGUUCUGGGGUUUGUUCUCUACCCUUUCCAACCAAUCACCGCCUUUUUUUUUUUCUUUUUUUUUUUUUUUUUUU